UAACUCUUAUAAUAUUACCCCUCCAAUAAUUUUUUGAUUUAAUUGACUUUGCACGAGGAAAAUGAAGGAACGUGGAGCUAGAUGAGUAUGUGAGGAAGAAGGAGAUAAAGCGAUAAACAUGACAAAGAUUCGAAUAGGAGAACGAGACGAUGAAAACGUCGCUGAGCGGCAUGAUCCAACGGGUGAAGGCGGCGACGAAGGACAUAGAGUCGUGGUCUGUGGAGAGAGAGAGGAGGAAGAAACAAUGAAGAUGGUUUGCAGGUGCUGCAAUUCAUCUUUUUGAUUCUCUAUCUUUUAAUUUUUGUUUAGUUUUGUUUAUCCUAUCUUUUAUAAAUUUAUAUUUAGGUUAAUAUUUUGUUCCCAAUAAUUUGAAUUUAAUAUAAUUUUAUCUAAUUCAGAAAAGAUGUCAAAUAAUCCAUACUGAUUGUUAUGAAAUCAAUACGAAUUGGAUCGCAAUCGCCAGAAUGAAGAAUAUAAAUCCCUAAAUAAAAACACAAACAUUUACAAUGUUCGAUUCAUAAUAAAUCUAUGUCUACGAGCAGGUAAACUAAACUCCAUUAUCAAUCAAAGAUACACAACUCACUGACCAAUCAGCUCAACAAGCAACCAGAUGCUCAGCAUGAAGUAAACUGAUGAGCUCUAAAUACUUGUUAUUUUCAGCUUUACUUGCUUAUACUUUUUCUCAUUAUCAGCAUGAUCUUACUUAGUGAACUGUUUUGCUCUGAUAUCUUAGAGAGUCUAGCUCUGUUUUGUGUUGUUCACUAGUACUCUGAUAGUAUAUCUGUUGUUUUGUAUUGAGAAGAUGAUUAUAUAUUUUGCUCUAAUACAAAGUCUAGACUCACUGUUGACAAAAUUGUUGAAAAAAAUUAUAAAAUUUUAAUUUAAUACCAAAAGUCCUAGACUGAUGUAUAUGUCAUAAGUUGUAUCGUGUAGACUGUAGCGCACGUGUCAGGGAGUGUGCAUUUUGUAUUUAUAGAUUGCAGCCUGAAGAACCAGACUGAAGUUUCAAGUUGGUGGUCAGCUGAUCUGUUUGUUGUCCAGUCUCCUACAUUGAAGAUUUCGCUAAGUACUAGAUUUCAAGCUGAUGCUUUAUCAGUUUGAGUAAACUGACUGAAGUAUCUGAAGCUGACACAUACCUAGAUUUACUUAUCCCACGCUAGCCUUAAAAGUCAGAAGACAAAGUGAAGUCAAUCUUUGUAGCGCAUAAGAGGAUAUUAAACAUUUAAUGCAGAAGAAUUGGCAUUUAAUGAAGAUCCCACAUUUUUUCAGAAGAAAUGACAAGAUGGUUUGAGGAUUUCUGCAGAAUGUCAACAUCUCCAACGUACGGAGUUGCAGAAAUUUGACACAACAUUUCCUUGGGUCCAAUGGAAAGAUUUUGAACACCAACCACCGAGGUUCUUGAAGCACUCUCUCCAACGGAUCUGCUUAACACUUCGAUGUAUAAACACCCCAUGGUAUCCCAACAAGAAGACUACCGAAACACUGUGAAUUUGAAAUCUCUCAAGCUAUCAAGCUUUAAAAACCUUAUUCUCAAGAACACAAUGCAUUUUUCGAAGAAGAGAAUCUCAAAGUGUUUGAAAGUUAGUUUUUGGAAUUACAAGAUAAGUUCUUCCGUAUUUAGCAUACAAACAUUCUCUUAGGUCUAGGCCCGACCUCUCUGUAGCUUAAGCUUAGAUUUAAGGACACUUAUCAUCUCAAUGUUGUUAUUGUAAGUUACAAUAACAACAAUGACAUUGUUACAAUUUGUUUAGUUGGAAAAUCACUUUGAAAAUCCUUCGCCCUCUGUAAAAGUUAGGUGUUAGAAUUAGAAGGUAAUUAACAAGUAAGCUAUAAGUUCAUAGUCUGAAAAAUGAAGGAUUGUAUACAGGUUCAACCAUGAAAAUUGCUUUAACGGUCACAGAUGCAUAACCUGUGGAUCAGUAUAACAAAACUGACUGAUCAAGCUUACUUGCAGCUUUAAAAACAAGGAAUCCCAAGUUAGUGGAUUAUCUUGUAAACCAGGACGUAGGAGUAUUCUCCCAACCACGUAAAACUACUCAUGUUCUUUAUUUCAGCAUUUACAUUUCAGUUUUGAUAUAACUGCUUAGCAAACUAAAUACACGCAUUACCACAAGCAAAAGCCUCGCAAACUAUCAUUCAACAUAUUUCAUCAGACUGAUUCAAGUCACUGAUCGUAAACUUAAUAUUGAUUAAGUUGAAACGAUAACUUUUUUUUUCUUUCUAAAAGCGAGUUAACCAACCACAACAUUCUGCACUUCGGUUAUUAGUCCAACUGACCAGCUUACAAACUGUUUUAUUUGAAUAUUAGUUAGACUAGCGUCAAUUAGCAUUUCUAUAUCAACCCAACUGACUCCUUAUCAGCUGAGACUGUUCAGAAUACUCUCACUUUGAAAAACAAAGAGAAUUGUAACUCGUGUAUUCCCCCCAUACACCAAUACGUACUCGCUACUACUCACUCGGGACCAACACCAAGUAUAUUCUAAGAUGUGAAUCAUAACAUAAAAACUCAAAUUCACAAUCAAAAGUAAUUUGAGAUUGUGAAUUAAUAUAAAAAUUCAAAUUCACAACCAAAACUAAUUUCGAAUUGUGAAUUAUAGCAUAAAAUCUUGAAUUUACAAUCAAGAAUAUUUUAAGUUGCGAAUUUAAAUUUUAAAAUUAAAAUUCAUAUUUAAAAAUUAUCUUAAUUGUGUAUUGCGAAAGUAAAAUAGUGAAUAUUAUUAUUUUUAAUUUUUUUUAUUUUAAUAGAUAAUUUUGUUGUUGCUAUCUUAAUUUGGAAAUUUUAAAAUUCCGCUCUCUGUAUAUAUAUAAUGAUUUAUGAAUGCAUGAGCACUUCGACUCUUCAUCUUGAGAAUUCAAAUUUAGCCCGAUGAAAAACUCAAGGGCUCUGAGCCCAUGGAAUGGAACCGCCGUGAUUACAAAGCGAUUCUACUCUACAAAUAGCUCGAAUUUGGUUGAUGCUCGAGCCAUCAAGACGGGCUUUGAUUUAGAGAUCAGUCGUUACAACUUCCUGCUCAAGAAUUUGGUUGCACGGUGCCAGCUCUCCGAGGCAAGCAAACUGUUCGAUGAAAUGCCUCGCAGAAACACCUGCUCGGUGAACAUGAUGAUCUCCUGUCAUGUCAAGUCAGGCAAUCUUUCUUAUGCUCGCGAGUUGUUUGAUGGUAUGAGUGAUCGGACUGCGGUCUCGUGGACGAUUCUCAUUGGGGGAUAUGCGCGGAGUAAUAGACCUAUGGAUGCUUUUAGUCUUUAUGCUGAGAUGUUCACAUCAGGGAUGAAGCCCGAUCAUGUCACUGUUACGACUCUUUUGUCGAGCUGCAAUGAGACGACAACUAGAAACGAUGUGCACCAGGUUCAUGCUCAUAUCACUAAGUUUGGAUUUGGCUGUGACCUUGGUGUUUGUAACAGCUUGAUUGAUUCUUACAGCAAAUCUCGAAAUCUUGGUUUAGCUUUUCAGCUCUUCAAGGAAAUAGUGACGAGAGAUACCAUUACUUAUAACACGUUGAUUACAGGGUAUGCAAAAGAAGGGAUUCGUGAAGCAGCCGUAAAGCUCUUUUCAGAAAUGCAGCAUUUUGGUUUUAGGCCGUCGGAUUUCACUUUUGCAGCCCUUUUACAUGCAUGUGCUGGAAUGGGCGGUGCAACCCUCGGGCAGCAGGUUCAUGGUCUGGUGAUCAAGACAAACUUCCAUUGGGAUGUAUUUGUUGGCAAUGCGCUUCUUGAUUUUUACUCCAAGCACGAUUGUAUGGAAGAUGUGAGGAAGUUGUUUGACGAAAUGAUGGAGUUGGAUUGUGUUUCUUACAAUAUUGUCAUCACAAGUUAUGCAUGGAAUGAAAAAAUUGAAGAGGUUUUUGAGCUCUUCAGUGAGUUACAGUUGAGCAAGUUCAGUAGAAGAAACUUUCCCUUUGCGACUUUGUUGAGUAUAGCGGCAAAUAUGCAAUAUAUAAAGAUGGGAAGGCAGAUCCAUGCGCAGGCACUUUUGACAACAGCUGAUUUAGAAACUCAAGUAGGGAAUGCCCUUGUUGACAUGUAUGCCAAAUGUGGCAGAUUUGAUGAAGCCGAUGUUAUAUUUGAAAACUUGUCUAGCAAAAGCUCAGUUUCCUGGACAGCUAUGAUAUCGGCCUAUAUUCAACUAGGCCUCCAUGAUGAGGCCCUUAAGCUGUUCAAUGAGAUGCGUGGGAAUAAUGUUUGUGGGGACCAAGCAACUUUUGCUUCUGUUUUGAGAGCUGCAUCGAACUUGGCCUUACUUUCACUAGGGAAGCAAUUGCAUUCAUGCAUAAUUAGUGCUGGAUUUAUAUCAAAUGUCUUCUGUGGCAGCGCGCUUCUAGACAUGUAUGCUAAAUGUGGAUCUUUAAAGGAUGCACUUGUAGUUUUCAAGGAUAUGCCUGAGAGAAACACGAUCUCGUGGAAUGCUCUGAUAUCUGCAUAUGCUCAGAAUGGAGAUGGUAAAGCCACUCUCAGAUCCUUUGAAGAGAUGAUAGAGUCGGGCCUGCAUCCUGAUCCUGUUAGCUUCCUUAGUGUUUUGACUGCAUGCAGCCACUCAGGGCUUGUUGAUGAAGCAUUAGAGUAUUUCAAUUUCAUGACCCAGACUUACAAAGUUGUUCCACGGAAAGAGCACUUUGCCUCAUUGAUAGAUGUGCUCUGCAGAAGGGGACGAUUUAAGGAAGCAGAGGCGUUCAUGGCCCAAAUGCCAUUCGCACCAGAUGAAAUUAUUUGGUCAUCCAUUUUAUAUUCAUGCAGGAUCCAUAAGAAUCAAGAGUUUGCUAAGAAAGCUGCAGAUGAACUUUUUAAGCUAAAUGAGCUUAGGGAUGCUGGUGCCUAUGUUACCAUGUCUAAUAUUUAUGCAGAGGCAGGAGACUGGGAACACAUGGCAAAGGUGAAGAAGGCUAUGAGAGAUCGUGGAGUUCGAAAAGUUGCUGCUUAUAGCUGGGUUGAAAUUAAACGAAAGUUUCACGUCUUCACUGCCAAUGAUAGGACUCAUCCACUUAAUGAGGAGAUCAGGAGAAAGAUAGACAUUUUGGCGGAACGGAUGGAAAAGGAAGGCUACAAACCUGAUGUUAGUUGUGCUCUUCAAAAUGUGAACGACGAACUAAAAGCUGAAUCACUAAAAUAUCACAGUGAGAGGUUAGCAAUUGCAUUUGCACUCAUAACUACUCCAGAGGGAUCAGCUAUACUGGUGAUGAAGAACCUUAGAGCUUGUGUAGACUGCCAUGCUGCUAUAAAAGUGAUCUCAAGAAUUGUUAAACGAGAAAUUACUGUUAGGGAUUGUAGUAGGUUCCAUCAUUUUAAAGAUGGAGCCUGUUCAUGUGGCGAUUAUUGGUGAUCAUUUAUUCCUUUGCACAUGAAUUCUUAUACCUUGGUUGUUUUAGCUCAACCUCUUAGCUUACUCGUUUGAAAGAAAAAUAGUGGCGAUGAGGUUGUAGCCCGGGCCUGGAAUGCUGAGGCUCCUACCAGGUGCUGUGCUUCUUGGCGGCUGCUCCAGAUUUUGGUGAGGAUAUUGAUGCUCAGCAUGUGCUAGGCUAUGCUCUUUUCAAAGAUGGGAAAAGCACUAAGUUGUUCAUAAUGGAGGCUUCAUACCGAGGAUGAGGGAGAAGGCAGCCACUCUUCCCAAAAUAGUGGACAACUGCAACAUAACUACCGAAGAGUAUAAGCAUAUGCUGAUGCUGCCCUAACAAUAGUCUGCAAUCCUAAGGUAAAAUUUUCAGAAUCACUAUAUAACAUAAUGAGUAAAAUUUUGAAGUAGCCAAAAUGAAGCAUAAAACACAAUUUAUGGCCACACAUUGAAAAAACACAAAUUUUGGCCAUUUUUAUUGAUUUGGACGUUUUUGCCCUUAAUGAGGCGGACUGGGUAGGAUCAGGCAUGCGGGUCGCGUGCCGGGUCGGGUUAGGCACUUAUGGCACUAUUAGUGCCAUAAGUGCCAAGAUGGCACUUAUGGCACUAUAUUAGUGCCAUAAGUGCCAUCGGAAAUCCAAAAUAAAACCAAGUAAAAUAGUCAUUUUGGCACUUAUGGCACUAUUAGUGCCAUAAGUGCCAACGAAAUUCAAAAUAAAAUAAGUAAAAUGGUCAUCAGCACAAAUACAGAAACAACAACAUCAUUUAAACCCUAAAUGAAACAUCUAAAUCCUAAAUGGAUAAUCUAAACCCUAAAUGGAACAUCUAAACCCCAAAUGAAUAAUCUAAACCCUAAAUGAAAUAUCUAAACCCUAGGGGGAAGUGUGCACUUAUGGCACUUAUGGCACUAUUAGUGUCAUAAGUGCCAUACGUGCAACACAGAUCAGAUCAGAUCAGAUCUGUCGAUGGCUGAAAUCGAAGGAGGUGAAGAUCAGAUCUGUCGAUGGAGGAGGCGGCGCAACGAUCAGAUCAGAUCCACCGCCGUCACCUCAUCAGAUCAGAUCCACCGCCGCCUCAUCAGAUCAGAUCUGCCGCCGCCGCCGCCUCAUCCUCCGCCACCUGACCGACCUCCUCCAUGCCGCCGAUUUCAGAGGACCGUAUCUCCUCCACCGCCGCCGCCUCAUCCUCUACUCCGACGAAGUCUGCCCAAACCGCGAGAGCUCCGGCGAAUUCUCCAAGCUCGGCGCCGCUGGAGAGAGAGGGAGAUGAGAAAGAGAGAGGAGAGAGAGAGAAGGCUAGAAUAAUCAUGACAUACAAAAAAUGGCCAAAAUUUAUGUUUUUUCAAAUGGUGGACAAAAUUUGAUUUUCAUUCUUCAUUAUGGCCAUUUGGGUGGAUUGUUUUUGAGAUAAUGACAAUAUAAAUAUGGCAAACUGCAGGUGGAUGAGUGAACAUUUCUACUUUUUGUCGUCUUAUUUUCUCCUGGUGCAUCUGCCAACUUGUGUAUGAAUCAUCAUUCCAAUCAUAAAACUUGAAGGAUAGAGAGAAAUGGUCGACUCAAAUAAAUGAUGGCUCCAUCAAAAUGAGUGCCUACUUGUAUAUUAAUUGGUAUUUGUGUUGCAGCUUCUUAAUCAAUCCCUGUUGCAAUUAUAUUUUGCAUCUUCAUUUUACGUAAAAGAAUUCAGGAAAUUCUCUUCAAA